UAUGGAUCGAGUUGUGCGGGGUGCGAGAGGAGGGGGCUUGUUUUCAGCGAGCAAGGUCGUUCUUUGUGUCAAAAAAUUCUACUUUUGUGACGAAUACUUGGAUUUUAUUAUUUACAAGUGAGUUAGUGUUUGUGGAUUGUGCUCCGUAACAAAGGUCGUAGGGCGCGUAUGUCGUAAAUAGUGAUUAGCAUAUAUAUCAGCUCGUUAUAUCGAACGGUCCAAUGAGUUUGGGAGGAGGUCACAGCGCCGAGGGAUCAAAUGCAGGAGGAAUAUUCGUCCAAUUCAAUCAAGAUUGCACGUCGCUGGUAGCAGGCAGCAGCAGUGGCUACCACCUGUUUGCGCUCACGGCCGACGAUGGCAUCGAGGAGAUCUACGCCAGCCAGUCGGGCCAGGACACCUGCCUGGUGGACCGGCUCUUCAGCAGCUCCUUGGUGGCCAUUGUCACCGUUUCAGCUCCCAGGAAGCUGAUCGUGUGCCACUACAAGAAGGGCACGGAGAUCUGCAACUACAGCUACAGCAACACCAUCCUGGCCGUCAAGCUGAACCGCUCGCGCCUCGUGGUGUGCCUGGAGGAGUCGCUGCACAUCCACAACAUCCGCGACAUGAAGAUCCUGCACACCAUCCGCGACACGCCGCCCAACCCGCGCGGCCUGUGCGCGCUGUCGCCCAGCGCCGAGCUGUGCCUCGUGGCCUACCCGGGCAGCAGCGCCGUGGGCGAGGUGCAGAUCUUCGACUGCGUGCACCUGCACGCCAAGUGCGUCAUCGCGGCGCACGACAGCCCGCUGGCCGCGCUGGCGUGGUCGGCGUGCGGCCGCCGCCUGGCCACGGCGUCCGAGCGCGGCACCGUCAUCCGCGUGUUCCUCGUGCCCGAGCGCACGCGCCUCUACGAGUUCCGGCGCGGCGUCAAGCGCUGCGUGGCCAUCGCGUGCCUCGCCUUCAGCGCGUGCGGCGCCUACCUGGCCGCCACCUCCAACACCGAGACCGUGCACGUGUUCCGCCUGCAGGAGGGCGCGGCCGGCGGCGCGGCGCCCGAGCGCGCGGCCGAGGGCGAGGGCGCGGCGCCCGAGGGCUGGAUGGACUGGCUGUCGUCCGCCGUGUCGGCGGGCGCGGGCUACCUGCCGGCGCAGGUGGCCGACGUGCUGGCGCAGGGCCGCGCCUUCGCCUCCGCGCGUCUGCCGCGCGCCGCCAAGCGCGCCGUGGCCGCCGUCACCAACGUGGCGCGCCGGCCGCGGCUCGUGGUGGCGACGGACGCGGGCGCCGUGCACGUGUUCGCGCUGGACGCGGCGGAGGGCGGCGACUGCGCGCUGCUGCGCACGCACCGCCUGCUGGACGCGCCGCCCGCCGCGCCGCUCGCCGAGCCGCCAGCCGCGCCGGGCUGCAGCUACGCGGGCGCGCUGCGCGGCCGCCAGCCGGACACGCUCACAGAGUCGGAGCGCGCGGCGGAGCUGGGCGCGGCGCUGGCGGGCUCGCCGCCGCGCGGCGCCUUCGACCUGCGCGACCACCGCCACUUCCCGCCCAUGCGCACGCCCGCCAACACCGGCCCCGCGCCCGAGUAGACGGCCCCGCCGCCCCGCCGCCCGCCACCCGCCGCACGCACACCGACCGACUCCGUGCAGACCGCACCUCCGUCGCUGAAGCGUGCGACUCGUGGAUAAGUAAAAACGAACUCUGGCGAACUAUUUACACGAAACCAUGCAGAGCCUAGACGCGGUCCGAGUUGCUCGCGGCGGCGCCUGGCUCCGUGCGGUUCUCUGUGAACUGACUCGGAAGCGGCCGAUGGGAACCUCGAUCGUCGCUGGUGAGACGUAGCGCUCCGCGGACGUCAUCGCGACAGCUGUGACGUUCGCUCCUGUACAUACGCUGUAACUAUACGAGGCCCUUGUAAUAUACCUAAUUAUUGUGACGUAAUGUAACAUGGCGGACGCUGGCGGCGCGCCGCCCCCCACUCCCCACCCCGCCAUAUGUACACUCCUUGCUAAUUAGUGUUUUAUGACUGGAAACAAAUAUACCUAUAAUAAACAAUGUCGCUCCGAAAAGUGCAGCGUAUUACAUGAUAUAACUAGUGCCAAGAAAGUAAAAGAAUCCAAACACAGCGGUGCUAAUCAUUCCAUCUCACUCACAUCUUUUACACGGGUAUAGUAUGUAAGUGAGAGGAAAUGUGUUUAGCGUCACCAUUUUAGAUUCGUAUCUUCAUUGCCACAGAGUUGCAGUACAAUUGGAAUUGAGUCCGCGCACGUGGCGUGGCGUGCGGUGACCGGUGGGGUGGCGUGUGGCGACCGGUGGGGUGGCGUGCUGCAGCUUCCGGCUCUAGUUAGAUAAACGAUGUGAUAGUGAUCGACGAAUGCCUGGAGUGGGGGUGAGUGCGCGAAUGAGAGGGACGGAAUGAGUGAAUGCAGCAUUGAAAAAAUUGACAAAAAAAGUGUGAAAAUUAAAUAUAAUAGCGCAGCCAACGCAACACAUCACACACUCAGGGGUUCCAGCGUGUGCACCACAUACGCAACGCACACGCAACGGGUUUGUGCGCACCGAAACGCGCGAAAGUGAAUCCGACCCAGACCUUGCUUUUUAUGGUUCCGUAGCCAAAUGGCAAGAAACUGAACCCUUAUGGAUACGUCAUGUCUGUCAGUCUGUCUGUUCGUCCGUAUGUCACAGCCACUUUUUUCCGAAACUAAAAGAACUAUACUCUUGAGACUUGGUAAGUAGAUGUAUCAUGUGAACCGCAUUAAGAUUUCACACAAAAAUAGAAAAAAAAAACAAUAAAUUUUGGGGGUUCCCCAUACCUAGAACUGAAACUCAAUUUUUUUUUCAUCAAACCCAUACGUGUGGGGUAAAAUGUGUGUACUGUGUAACGAACUACAAGAACUUUUAUAUGAUGUUACUUGCUGCUACGGAACCCUCCAUGGGCGAGUCCGACUUGCGCUUGGCCGCUUUUUACUACUACUACUACUACCACUACUAGAUGAUGCCCGCGACUUCCUCCCCGUGUAUUUAGGUUUUGUAAACCCCGUAGGAACUCUUUGAUUUCCUGGGAUGAGAAGUAGCCAAUGUCCUCUGCGCUCGCGCGCUGUGCGUUGCGUUGGUGCGCGAUGAGAAUCCCUUAUUUUAAGUAACACCUCGCUCACGUGGCUUGACAUGUCAGUAUAAUGAAUUUUAUUUUUUGAAAUUAAAAAAAUGAAUUGGAAUUUUUUAACAAAGUCCACGAGACUGCUAACACAAAGACAGCCGAGUCGCCCUCGGCGCGCGGCGCGAGGGUGUCGCGACUCGCUACUCUGCACUCAUUUAGUUAAUCAUUUAGAUCAAUAAUCAUCAAUUAGGCGUGCAUUUUAAAUUUUUUCGCAAAUAAAGCUUUAUACGAAGUUUUAAUGUGCUACUAGUACUUUUAAAUUGAUUGUAAAUAAGAUUUAAAUUAAUUUACCAUCGGCAGCUUUAGGCUAUAGACAAAUGUAGCGGAAAAACGGUGCGCCACCACCAACCAUACUAGCCGGCGCUCGGGGCUUCGCACACGUGCGCAUAUCUUAUGUAAGAAACAAAGCUUGUGCGCACACCAACACACGAGAGCGAUCCUGCUAAAGUAUGAUUAUGAACUGUGUUGUAAUGAUCGUUGCCCUCGUAAACAUGUCUAAAAAUGAAUUUCUGAAAAAUUCUUUCUUUCUGGGAAUCUACUAAAACUAGCGAAAACCUAAGUAGCUGCAAAUUCCCUUCCUAAACCUAGCUGUCUACGCUACUGUUCAUAAUGACAGGGUGCAUCACAGGGGAUAUACAGUGUGAUGAGUGCGGAGUAGCCGUGAGCCCGGUAGGCACAGUCAGCUACAAAGCGAGUUUGCACCCGCCCGCGCCAGUACAAGCGACUAAGGGAGCUCGCUGUGUUGCUGACUGUACACUCCUUAAGUAGUUGUACUCGAGUUAGGAAAUUGAAAGAUUGUCGCUUGUCUGCCGCCGCAAAAAUAAAAUUGUACAUAUUAUUAAAUAAAUAAUAUUUUGUAAAGCC